AUGCGUCAAGGAUAUUAUUGUUCGUUGUCUGAGGUGAUAUACAAAUGUCAGGACAUUAUAGUUCGUCUGUCUGGUGUGGAUAUGCAUACAAUGUCAAGGCACUAUAGUUCGUCUGUGGAAGAGGUUUCGAAUGUGCAGGAUCAUAUUAUUAUAUUGAAUGUCAAGGACAUAUAUUGUUCGUCUGUUGGUGAUAACUUUCAUGGACACUAUAAUUCGUCUGUUGUGAAGAUGAUGUCAAUUCCAAUGACAACUUUCGGUCACGUGGUCUUAGCCAAAGCGAAGCUAAACGGGUCUAUGGUUGCCAUAAAAAUCAUGGAAGUUAAAAAACAACCAUUUGCAGUGUUGGCUAACGAGGUCACCAUAAUGAAGAGGAUUUACCAUGAAAAUGUUGUCACCGCACUAGAUGCAAUUUAUGUGGAAGCUGUAAAGAAAUUCUGGCUUGUCAUGGAGUACGUGAAUGGGUGUUCAUUGAGGAAGAUUGUAAGAAGUGUAUCGUUAGAAGAAGGACAAAUAUGUUUCAUAUCUAGUCAAUGUGUGAAAGGUUUGGAAUAUCUCCAUAAAGAAAACAUAGUUCAUAGAGAUAUCAAAAGCAACAAUGUGUUGGUGGAUAUACAUGGGAGAGUAAAGAUAACAGAUUUUGGUACCAGCUACAUAUAUGAUAAGAAUGACAAGAAGAACGAAAUAGUUGGCUCACCGUGCUAUAUGGCACCGGAAGUUGUAGCUAGGAGACCGUAUGAUUAUAAAAUAGAUAUAUGGAGCUAUGGUAUAACACUUAUAGAAAUGAUUGACGGAGAACCACCAUAUAUAUACGUGAGGAAGGAACACGUGCUAUGAAACUUAUAAAAAGAAAUGGUAGACUAAGUAUAAAGAAUUAUGACAAAUUAUCAGAUGGAUUGAAAUCUUUCAUUGACACGUGUCUCAUUGUUAAUGCACGCGACAGAGGAACGGCACGUGAUCUAUUGAGUCACGAGUUUUUAGAUGGUGACCAAAUACUUGUAACUGCAAGAUUAGCUCAGAAAAAUGCAUCGUCAUCUUAUUAGACUUUGAUAAUUUAUUUCAUGAACUUUUAUUUGUUUUAUUGUUAUAGCCAAAAAUAUUUGUGUCUUAGAUUUAUAAAUAUUUAAUAUUUUUGAAGGUAU